AUGGCAAACUUUUCGUCGUUUGAUCAACAGUAUCAAUCAGCGUUGCAUGACAAAUUAACUGAAAAUGUCAAUAUAAUGCAGCAAAAAGUGAACCAAGCGCAGAGUAUGAGUGAUGCAGAUGCAGCAGAAAGAGCUCUUGACGAGGCGUGUGACGGAUGUCUUAAUCGAGUCGCUAAUCAUGUGAAAGAAAUUAAGGAAUCAGCCAGACAAAAACGCGCAAGUUGUAAAACACCUGCAGAUGAACAAAGAUAUACGACAUUCAUCCAAGGAGUCGCAUCCGGCAUUCAAGCAACUCAAUCAUUAAUUGACAAGAUCUUUAACCAAAUCCGUAAUCUUGUGGUAACUGUGGUCGGCUGGAUUCGCAUGGGCACAUCUUGGAUGGCAAGCACCAUAGCAGACUUUUUCGAUAGUAUUCGUGCUUUUUUCUUAUAA